AUGAAGGAUAAAGGAGCGGUGUGGGAGGAGAUAGUGAAGAAGAAUCAAUUGUCGCCUACUAAGUUGGAGGAGGUUGGAGGCUGGUGGUAUGUGGAUACCAUGCUUGGUGGUGAAGCUUUUAUAUCGUGUAUGAAUAAGAGCAAGGAACAUGGAUUCUUGGGCUUCAGGAAUUCCACCAAAUCAUUUGUGUAUUGGCUUGGGAAGAUGAGAGCCCAGAAGAUCGUCCCUAGUUGA